AUAGUCACUGACUCAACUUAGCUGCACACACCAAUGUGUUGUCAUUUCUUGUUUCAAACUCAGAAAAUAUGUCUUGUGGUGAGCAUUCUGAUGUAUGUGUCGGACUGUGUUGUUUUUGUGCUGUUGUCGCUUAUUUUCGGUUCUAUUUUGGCGAUAACUGAUGCCUUUGUCCUCUGUUUGACUUUGGUGAGCAUCGUCACUAUGCAAAGACUUCUGAUCACUCUUUCUUUGCUAGGCAAUACAAUCCUUCGGGUUCCAAUAAUUGUGGCGCUCAUCAGAACAGUGGUGAUUGCUGCACUAGGAUAUGUGUACUUUCUAACAAUUAUAUUUUCCCCACUUGCAAUCGUUUUUUAUGCAUGUCUGUGCCUACAACUUCAGAAGUUGCGCCGUCUGAGCACUACGGGCGUCAGAGUGACUGUACAAAGAGUUCCACAACAGCAGUUCGUCUCAACUGCAACCGUUCCCAUCACCUUUACAACAGCGAGCUCACCUCAAGCGUCGACACCCGCCUACUUUGGCCGACCUCCGCCACCAUAUCCUACCGCGCCGCCUAUAUGAAACGACUUAUCGUAUGCGAAUCGAAACAAUACUGCCAAUAUUAUUAUAUGCUCCUAUAAAAAAGUGGAGAAUAUACGGUUUUGAAAAGUUCAUCUUUGUUUAGAAAAGUAAUUCUGUAAGAACCCUAAAACUCUUAAUAUGUUGACCAAAAUCACCCAUAGCUCAUGUUAUUUCCUAGCCUGUUUACUCAUGCACGUUUACUCUUCUGUACGUAUGAAGAACUAUAUCUUCAAGCUUAUUGCAUACAUGGAACAGCUGAGUUACUCAAAAUGUUAUUGUGCACAUCUUUUCCCUAUUAGACUGCACACCAAGUCCGCGC